AUGCGGAUGGGGAAUAUGUUAUGCAGAUUAAGGUAUCCGGAGGGACUAAAUGGAGGCCGAUUUAAACGAUUUCCGACCUAUAAUCCGAUAUUGAGAAGUACAAAUGCUGGAUUAAAGCCUGUGGACACAGGACGGCCACACGAGAAACUGAAUGUCAACAGGAUAAACAAGCACGAAGACGUCUGCUCGAAGCACUUUCAUGAAGGAAAUGGGCCAUCUAAAGAGUAUCCUGACCCAUUAUCAGCUGAUGGCUGGAGAAUAACAUCUUCAAGAAAACUCCCCACAAAGCGGUCACUUGGAAAGGAAACUUAUGGCAGCAUUUAUACACAAAAUGCAAGUAGAAAAGCUGGUCCAGGAUCCUGCAGACACUGUACCAGGAGUAGAAACACAGACCGAAUGUCCAUGGACGUCACCUUUGGAUAUGUUUGCACUUACCGCUCAGAAUGCUUCCCUAAAAGAACAGUUGUCACAAAAAGAAGUCCAAGUUGAAGAAUAACAGUCUGCACUUUCAUCAAAGUGUUGUGAAAUUCAGAUUUUAAAGCA